AUGGGUCUCAAAGCCUCCCAUUAUCUCCUCUCCCUCACUCUCUUACUCGUCUUCUCUACGGUCGUUACAGCGAGUAACAUCACACGGGCCUUUGCGAAAUACUCCAAUUUCAGCACAAUGAGUGAUCUCUUCAUCAAGACCAAGCUCACUAUACCCAUCAGCAAAUACCGUACCAUAACCGUGCUCGCUGUUAGCAACGACGCCAUCAGCUCAAUCACUAACAGAUCCGACAUUGAGCUCAAGAACAUUCUCAUGACUCAUGUCAUUCUUGACUACUACGACGAGCUCAAGCUUAACGGGUUGAAGGAAAAGAGCAUAAUGCUCACUACCUUAUACCAAACAACCGGUUUGGGUGAAGAGAUGAAUGGUUUCAUCAACUUAACCAAAUCCAAAGGAAGAAUUUACUUUGGAUCCGAAGUGAAGGGCUCACCUUUAAACGCUGAGUAUGUCAAGACGCUAUACCACAAUCCAUAUAACUUGUCUAUAAUCCAGAUUAGUAUGCCCAUUGUGGCUCCUGGACUCAGCUUAGCUAUUUUCCCACCUCCACCACCACCCGCUCCUUUAGCUCCGGCUCCUUCUCCUAUGGAUGCUGCAAUGUCUCCGGGUCCAUCUCCCAUGACUACUCCAUCUCCAGCUCCUGGACCAGCUGAUGAAGACAAUGCCUCAGAUACUGCUGUGCCAAAACCUAAACCAGCUACAGAAACACCAGAGGUCGAUUCUCCCGCUCCUACUCCAAGUGCUGAUAAUUUGAAGAUAGAAGCUGCUGAUAAGGCUGGACCAUCCUCUUCUGCUUGUAAGGCUGGUUUAAGCUUUGAUUUUGUUCUCUUGCUAGCAUUUUUCGCUAGCUUUGCUGCGUUCUAA